UCAGAUGCAAACCGGUGUGUUUCUAACUGGUUCUGCUGGGAAACACGAACAGUUUGAUCUUAUUGGUCCGCGGCGGCUCCGUGGCGUCUAUAAAACGCACGACUGGAGCUCCGGAGCGGAGACGGUCUGAGGACGCAGAGCGCAGCGAGGAGGUGAAUGUGGAGGAGCGCAACGGGACCACAGCGUCUUUUUCUGUACACAUACACACCUGACUGCACCUCCUCCACGCCCCCCACUGUCUGGUGGGACCAUGUGGGUUCUGGAUAAGAUCCGUGGGUCGGUGGAGACCAGUGUGCUGCGACAAGGAGACAACGGGGACAAGAAAGGUGUCGCCUACAGCAAUGUCCUCACUCCAGACAAGAUCCCAGACUUUUUCAUCCCUCCGAAGCUGGUCAGCUGCCCCCCGGAACCUGAGAUCCCCAACGUGAAGCCCAAACAGGGGCUGCAGCCGUCCACCUCCGAGCAAACCAUCGGCAGCGGCAAGAAGAUCAGCAGCCCCAGAAGCCCCAGAAGCCCCAGAAGCCCGAGGCUUGUGGCCAAGCUUGCAGGAGACACUAAGAACUUGCUGAGAGCUGCAAACCGCCACAUCAUACAGAUAGAGAGUGCUGAUGAUGUUGUGGCUGGAGACACCAACGCAGACCCCCAGUCGCAGACGGCCAUGUCCCUGCCGUACGUCCCCAAGACCCAGACGUCUUACGGCUUUGCAACGUUGAAGGAAAGCCCCCACACUCGCCGCAAAGAGUCGCUGUUCCACUGUGAACACACCAGCCCCAUCACUUCUCCGAACGCUCAGAGGAAGACCGGAGGCAAAAGCAGCGACGGCGGAAACCACCUGAACCCGGCCGACUUCAACACCUCCCACAUGAACCCGUAUCGAUACUUCAGCGGUGGAGAAAGCGACACCUGCUCGUCAGCCGAGUCGUCUCCCUUCAGCUCUCCUCUGCUGUCUCGAUCUGCAUCCCUGCUCAAGAUCUUCACCCACGAGACUCAAGCCAAAGUGGUGAAAGCCAAGCGGACGUUCGCCCGCCACAGUUCCCUCUCCACCGACGAGUGCAGCUCGGCCGAACCGAGCCCCAACGUUCAGCGGCGGCUCCACGUCCCGUCCCUUCACGGCGGCGCCGGAGCGUCCGACCACGGUCUCCAUCGGGAGCAUACCAUCAACCUGCACAAGGGAGGGACGGUUCGGAUCAGCGUCAACUACGACUCCGGCACUUCCCGCCUCCUCAUCCGUGUUCUGGCAGCGGAAAGUCUGUACGACAAACACUUCGACAUCAAGAGCAUCAACUGCUGCGUGUCCGUCUACCUGAACCCCGGAAAGCUGCAGAAGCAACGGAGCAACAUCAUCAAGAACAGCCGCAACCCCGUCUUCAACGAGGACUUCUUCUUCGACUCGAUCAGCUCGACUCAGGUGAAGAAGCUCUCGGUGAAGUUCAAGGUGGUGAACAAAGGCACCAGCCUGAAGAGGGACACUCUGCUGGGGGAGCGAGAAGUGCCUCUGACCAAGCUGCUGUCGGGGCUUUAAAACCGGAGGAGCUGGAGAUCAGAGGAGGCAAAAAUGGAGGAUUCAGACUGAAACUUAAAUUACAUGUUUGCACUGGUUUCUAUACAAUCUGUUCUUUAUUCCAGUCACCAAAAUAAGUGAAUAUGAAGAUAAAGGGAGAGAAAAUUAAGUGUUUCCAAGAAGUUAAACCAAUUCAUAGAAGGAAGAGUUUUAAUCUUGGAUCUGAAAAAAAAGCAUCUCCUGACAGACAGAUGAAGGAUUUACGGUGGUCAACGUUCGCCUGGUUCUGUCUCCCAAUAAUGAAAGCUCAUUAAACCAAGCUGGGCUCUGCAGCAACAGAUGAAUUUGACAGAUGAAAGCCGGGUCUGGUUCAAAGGUGGGACGACACCUGUGCAUCGGCCUGUUUCUGAGUCCUCGUCUGCACUGCCACGUGCCGCCGUUUUAUUAUCGUACUGCGACAGAAAUCUGCAGCGGCGGUGAUGAUUCUGCAUCGUCUGCACCGUGUCGGGCUCAGAGAUGCUUUUGUGAAUCAGCUUUGAAGUGGCUCUGUGUCCUGAUGUGCAAAUGACCCUUUGAUCCAAGUCGCCACGUUCCGCCUCCUGCAGAGGGAUAGCGAGGGACAAACGGAGCAGCCACAUUAGGAUGCACAUCAGAAAUACAAAUAGAAUAUGAUUAAUCAAGGCUGCAGCCACCAUGAGAGCACAUACAUACUACAAAAUAAGUUUCUUGCCUUUGAUUUUGUGCUUAAAGCUGCCCUGUGGAGUUCUCUCAGUCACCAAAAUCCACUCUGUUAAUCCCCGAACAUCUUUAUUGAUGCUUCUUAUUAUGUUUGUUGAAUGAAAUCACCAGCAAAAUGUGAAUUUGGACACUUAUUAUAAACAAAACAUCAUAAAACAUUGCUCAGUAGCACUACUAGUGGUCAAAACGUCCACAGGGUAGCUUUAAAUUUCACUUUUCUGCCACAAACGUGUGUAUAGUAAGAAACAUUUCUAGUGCAAAUCAGCUUUUUUCAAGUUUUUUUUAUCUGUAUUGUUUGCAGUGCAACAUUUAUAUUUCUAGGAUGAUCUUUAAACAUCCCUGCAAACAAAUAUUCAUAGUGCACGUGCAGAUUUCUUCACACAAAACUAGUUUCUAGAACUCAGUUAUAACCAGAAAUGACUUGAUGAGAUUUUAUGCAGUGCGAGGUACAUUUGGGAUUUUUAAUAUCUUUAAUAGCCGCCGGUUAUGUCUGUAAUGGUAUGAAACCCGGCCCAGAGUUAAUGAACGUGGAGCAGCAAGGUUAUAAAAUGUGGGCAGUAUAGAUGAGAACAGUCAUACAUUCAAUCAUUUGACACACACGUUAAUUUUGAUGGAUGAAAUGUCUUCGAGGAGCAUCGUGGACGCUCUGGCUGCAGCCUGCUGACGUGAUUAAAUCUCGUCAGACUGGUUUUUGUGCAGAUUCCCAACAGCAACAAUGCAUUACAGGUGGUCCUGUGACAUUUAAAAUUCCUUUCCACCCUGUAUCACUACAAAAACAUUUGUUACUUAACCAUAAUCUGCACAGAUCUAGAUUUAGAUCAGUUUUAAAAUGUACAAAUGUCUCUCUUUUUUUUGGCUGAAGUGUAUCUUUUUUAAAGAAGUGAGCUGUACACAAAACAUUGUGCCCCAACUGCUGCUUUAACUUCUUUUUGGUUUAUUUUUGUUAGCAACAGGACAAGAAAUAAGGUUGUUAAAAAUCCCUUUUAUUUCGAUGAUAAUUCAAUUUAACUGUCAAUUUAUGCAACCAGGCUCUUGCCUUACUCUGUAUUGGGGUUAUUUCAUCUAAAAAUCAUCAGACACCUUCUGCUCGACCAUCUAAAAUUUGCUUUAAACUUUUGUUUCAAAUUAUAAACUAUGAAUAUUUAAAAUGAUAUCUCUGAAAAUGUAGACUUUUAGACAUUUCAAGUACUUUCCGAGAUUUUUUCUUUUCAAAAUUGCCCAUCAACCCAAAAUUAGCAUGUGUUUUGUGCAUUGAAAUUUGAGUCUGUUUUAGCAACAAUAUUUCAGGAACUAUUACAGUUAAAAGCUUGAAAUUUUCUCUGUUAUCAUGUCAUUCAUUUAGAAUCUGCAAGAUUGGACAAGUAGCUCAAAAAAAUCUGUCAUUAUGGUUGAGCUGAAAAAUGAAAAGUAAUAUUGAAGCCAUCACAAAAAACCCCAUCUUUGAGCGUAUAUUAACCAAAAAAUUAAUAAAGCAGAAGUCAACCAGUGAUAUUUUCUGAACCAUACUUAGCUGCAUGUCAAAAAAACUUGUACAAUAUUUGUUAAUACAAAAUUCUUGGUCACAAAAAUUACCUAAAAAGUUACCUGAUAGAGCAGUAAGGACAGAAAGUUCUGGAAUUUCAAAAUAAUUCUCAAAAUAGCUGAUAUAUUAAGGAUAUAUAGCCACAUUUUAUGCUCUGAAAAGCUCAGGCAAAUGAGAGACGGUUGAGCAGAGAUGAUCUGAGAUGCAAUGACUCUGCUAGCAAAGUACUGCUUGCAUGUAAAUGUGUUAAAUGUCUAUAAGAGGAGAUUAGAGCUGACUGGUGUCAUAGUGGGAACCAGUUGCAUGACCUGAACAUGUCACUGGUGUUUGCAUGACAUGCUCAAAGUUUUAUGAAACCCUAAAGCCUUACUGUGUGUGUGAGACACAGAAUGUAUGUUCUGAUUGGCAUGAUUUUGUCCAGGGUUGUUAAUUUUCUAUGUAGUAUUUUGUAAAAGAAAAGAAAAUGCAUCUGAGUGGUUUGAAAUGACUGUACAUAAAAGCACAUGUAGUAGUUUCUACAUUUGUCAGCCAAUUAUGCACCAGCGAGUGAGACGUGCUGAUGACAGACGAUUAUGUUUAACCAAGGAUGUCGAGGAAAACAACAUUAUGUUCUUUGUCUCUCUCCUCCGCCGUCCUGAGGAAUUAGGAGGAAUUACAGCCUCAAGUGCUUCAGACGGGAGAUCGACUUCAGACAGAAAAGAAGUCGGAGAGAUCAGAGCGAUGCAAAUUACUGAGGUUUUCUUACACGCUGUGCCAAAGGAUUUAACUCUCACCUGGUGUUUGUAGCUCACUUGUAGCAGCGCUGUUGAUGUGCUCUGUAUACUUCACACACAGUGACACUGAUGCUUGGUUUGUUUCUGACAGUGCCUGCUCGUUGUAGAUUUUAUUCAAACUUCCUGAAUUGUUACUGAGUCGUUUCUUCUUGCAUGGUCAAAGUACUUCAGUGGUGUCAGUAACUAAAUUUAAGUGGGUUCUUUUGUGCAGUUUGUGAUUCUAGGUGAGGAUUUGCUGCAGAAGUUUCUCUGGGAGAUGUGUUGUGAAGACUGUUUGAUUGCGUCCUGAUUUUAUAACUGUUUGUUUUGCAAUUCAAGUGCAGGUUAAAAACGAAAAGCAACACAGAUAAUGCUGUCCUCAGUCGGACCGUGGCCUCUUCACAGGUGUAAAAAUGAGCCUAGACAGAACUUUAUCAGUAAAAAUCUCUUGUAGCUGAAAGUUUUUAAAUGUUUCUUGAAUUUUUUUCUUUUUAACAAGCUCACCAAAACCCACAGAGAGAUAUUUAAUAAGGUCAAAUCUCGCUGAACGGUUUCAUUACGAGUAAAUGGUUGCAUCACUCUACUGCAGUAACAAAAGGAUUUGUUGAAUCAGUUUAAUAAUUUUGGGGUCUUCCUCAUGAAAGCAACCAAAUCUGAAAAAAAGUUCCCAUCUGAACUCUUCAGAAUCAGCAGAUUUUUAUGUAAGACUAACUUUAGUAUAUUUAAUGAAACCAUGCUAAACUUUACCUUCAAUCUAUGAAUAUUUUUAUAGGCCCUCAGAGUUCAUAAAGGUGGGUUAAAAUACGCCUGUAUUAGGCUUGUAAGGAAUAAUGUCUAGAGGGCAAUCCUGGUAUCAGAAUGUAGACAACCAUGACACCUUUCAUAGAUUAUAACUUGCUCUGACCAAACAUUUAUCACAAAUGCUGAUAUGAGCCCUGAAAGUUGACUGGAAAUGCACUUUUUAAAGUUUUCUCUGGUGAACUAUUAGAAAACACCUCCAGGGUACCAAUGAUUGUUUCUAUGACAUCGACAUUAAACUGCUGCAGUUUUACUGUUCAAACUAUGACAUAUAUUCAAUAAUAUAAAUUGGUGAUAUAAAAAAAGGAAACAAGAAACCAGAUUUAGUUUUCACAUUAGGACACCUGUAGUGGAUGUAAAGAUAUUUUAUGUGUUGAAACAGUACUGCUGUACUUAUGAAGUUAUAAGGCUCAAAAUGUUGGAAAAGCUCUGACAGUGUUCAUAGCAUUGAGGUAAAAUUUGCAUGCCUUGAUUAAAUUUACUAAAGUUACAUUAAUAAAUAUAAAUCAGCAGACUCUGGGGUUUUUCAUGGAAUGAUUAUUUGUUAUUGCCUUUCUAUGAUCUAGAUUCUAUUGGAAACUAGGGGUGAUGAUUCCUCAUAAGCCCAGUUGCUAACAGUUGAAAGUCUCCUGUCUUUUGCCCCUUGCUGUUUGUUUAAAAUGAUCAGAAAAGACAAAAACAAGUCUAAAAGCAGCUGCAAAAAUACAGUCACCUUGCUAGAUGGCUAAUAGUCUCAAAACUGUCAGACAGAGUCAAAUCUGAAAGGUAAUAUUGAACUGAAAUGCCUGAUGUUGCCAAAAAAUAGCAUGUUGUGACCUAAAAAAAUAAAGCAAAAGGUUGAUCCUCUGUAUAGUCGACAUUUCACGAUGGAGUUUGUACAGAAGCACCAUUUUUAAAUGAUGACCGAGGUUCAGUUUUAAUGGAUUAGUUUGACAUUAACAGGAGUUACGUGCAAAAAUGUCAACCCUUCUUUUAAAUGGUGUUUUGGUAUCAUAACGUAACUGUUAGACACGUUUUUUCUACCUGUUGUUAGUGUUUGAUACAAUAAAAGUGACCAAGAUUCGAACUCUGAGAACUGUGAAUAUACACAGUGUGUUUGAUUUGAAUGUUAACCUUUAUUUGAUCUAUAGACCAAUUACCAGAAUUAACUUACCAGAAUUAACUUUCCCAUUAUCCAGGCAGCUGCUGUGGUGGAAAUCAAUCCGUAUAUUUCUGCACUCAAUCGCUGUUUAAUUAGAUCCAGAGCAGAGAGGCCUGACUGAUAGCGUUUGAAGUGAGAAGAACAUCGAUAUCUUCAUGUGUGAGAGAAGCAGUCUGUUGGAUGUUGUGUUUUAUUGACAUUUACUUUAGUCACUUUCUAUUUGUUAAGACCUGUUUUUUAAAUUAUAUUGUACAUAUGCUGAUGUUUCUCAAGUCUUCCUGUCUUGACAGGUUCACUCUGAAAAAUGAAGCUGAAAAGUGCCGGUCCAUUACUUGACACUGAAUUCUUUGAUUUCUCUCCAGAUGUAGAUGAACAGUGGAAGUGCAGUUGCUGUUCUUGUUGUGUUUUCUGAACUGUGCAGGUAGACACUUUUAUACUGUGAUGCUACAACCAUUGGUUACUGUGUAAAUCUGUGUGACAAACUUUAAUUAAAGGCGAACUUCAAUGAAA